UUUCACACUGAAAGAAACUUAUAAUGGGUUUGGUGGGCUUCUCUUUUGACGCCUAGGGAAGAAUUUUUCCUUUUGAGGUUCCUUUUAAAUUGUUCCUAGGAUCUCAAUUAUAUAAAAUCAUAUACAGGGAAUUUUGCUACUGAUCGUCUAUAUGGGUCAAACUCCUAUUUUUCUUUCAUCAAAAUCCAAUCUUUGACUGGUUUCUCCAUCUGGGUACUGUUCAAUUUGCAGGAUUUUGGCUUCCAGGGAUCUGAUCUUGAUUCUGUGAUAAAUUUUCUAGGUUUGGUGCAAGGAGUUAAUAUAGUUCUAUUCUACUGUAAUUUCUCUGACUGAAGCCAAUUGGAUGCUUGUUGAGUGAAUCAACCUGUUAACGGAGGCAACACCAGCUUAUAGGCGUUCAAGAAUCUCUCUGCGUUUUUCUGCAUAAAUUUCCCAAAUUUAUCAUGUCUUUCCCCUCUGCCACCUCUUAUGGUGAGUCCAGCAUGUAUCGGGGUAAAGUCAAUGCAGACAACUCACGCUUAUCUGCUCCAUUAUUCAACCCAGACAAGCAAAUGUUCAAUUAUACCCCUGAUUCCUAUCGGCAAGAGCUUUAUACUCAACAAUACACCCCCAAUUCCUCAGUGCCUGGAUCAAUCUACAAUCCUCAAGUUUCUUCAGGCCCAUAUCAACUCAUAAGAAAUAUUCGAUCUUCAAUCAUCUCAGAAAGCCCAUAUAACUCCUGUUUUGCUGCAAUCCGAGAAAAUGACUCCCCGUUAGUCUCCAACAUCUCUCAUCAGACAACCCAAUCACUAUCUGAUGACCCAAUAAGUCCUGCUAAUGAGAUGGAGUAUGAUGAAGAUGACAUCAGAUUGAAGCUUCAAGAACUUGAGCAAACGUUACUGGAUGACAACGACGAAGAGGACCAAGAAAUGGGUAUGGAUGAAGACUGGACUGAGCCCAUAAGAGAUCUUCUCCUGUCACACUCGCCUAAAGAAUCAUCUUCAGACUCCAAUCUCAGUAGCAUCAGCAGCAACAACAGGGAGACUCGUACACCGAAGCAGCUUCUCUUUGACUGUGCUGCCACAAUAUCAGAAGGCAACAUGGAAGAAGCUUCUGGAAUCAUUGCUGAGCUUCGGCAGAUAGUCUCAAUCCAAGGGGACCCACCUCAAAGGCUAGCUGCAUACUUAGUUGAGGGCCUUGCAGCUAGAAUGGCCUCCUCAGGCCAAGGUCUAUACAACGCUCUCAAGUGCAAAGAACCCCCUACUUCUGAUCGCCUCUCAGCAAUGCAGAUUCUAUUUGAGGUUUGCCCAUGUUUCAAGUUCGGGUUCAUGGCAGCCAAUAGCGCGAUUACCGAAGCCAUUAAAGACGAAGAGAAGGUUCAUAUCAUAGACUUCGACAUAAACCAAGGAAGCCAGUACUUUAAUUUGAUACAAGAUCUUUCAAGGAGGAAAAAUAAACCGGUAAGACUAAGGAUUACAGGUGUGGAUGAUCCUGAGUCAGUGCAAAGGAAAAUCGGUGGGUUGAAAGUUAUUGGACAACGACUUGCAAAGCUUGCAGAGGAUCUUGGAGUACCAUUUGAUUUUCGAGCUAUAGCUGCGAAAACUGGGGAUGUAACGCCUUCAAUGCUCGAUUGUGGUCGUGGUGAGGCGCUUGUAGUCAAUUUUGCAUUUCAACUUCAUCAUAUGCCAGAUGAGAGUGUUUCAACAGUUAAUCAGAGGGAUUGUCUUCUUCGUAUGGUGAAGAGCCUGGAACCCAAGUUGGUUACGGUUGUGGAGCAGGAUGUGAAUACAAAUACCGCCCCAUUCUUUCCAAGGUUUGUCGAGGUCUACAACUACUAUUCUGCUGUUUUUGAGUCCCUCGAUGCAACGAUGUCAAGGGAAGACCCAGAUAGGAUGAAUGUGGAGAAGCAGUGUCUUGCAAGAGACAUUGUCAAUAUCGUGGCGUGUGAAGGUGCUGAUCGCAUAGAAAGAUAUGAAGCUGCUGGAAAAUGGAGAGCAAGGAUGACUAUGGCUGGAUUUAAGCCGUGCCCUUUAAGCACUUAUGUGAAUGCUGCAAUUAAAUCUCUGUUGAAAUCGUACGGCGACAGAUACAAGGUCAAGGAGGAAGCAGGAGCUCUCUAUUUCGGAUGGGAGGAUAAGAUUCUUGUAGUGGCUUCAACAUGGAAAUAACAACAAUAAUAUCUUGUUUACUCUGUUGUAUAUGAGUGCAAGAUCAUGACAUAGAACUCGAUAAUAUUACAGUACUGUUUUCGGGAAUAAAUGCAGCCUGUAGAGUUUUUGGGACUAAAUAUGGCGUGUGUUCUCCGUCCUGACCGAUAAAUCUCUGUAAAUACAUGAAGUUCUUUUAAAGGUGUGAUCUUUUGUGUUGCUUGUAUUAAUAUGAUGAAGCUUGUAAGACUAUUUUUAUCUGAAUGUGCGUCAUGUGAGCUUGUAAUCAACAUCGUUUGAUGUAUGUUUAUGAAUCGGAGGCGUGUGAUCAAAAAGUUGCUAGAUUCUAUA